AUGGGCGGAUGGAAGGGGCCGGGACUGAGCUGGGGAAGGGCAGGGCUGGAGGAGCGGCGGGCGCCUGCCGAGAGGGGCGGCGGCGGCGGGGUCCCCGCGCCGCGGAGCCCGGACCGAGAGCCCCUUCCACUGUCCCGCCGCCUGGUCCCGCCGCCCCGGGGCGCCGCCAUGACGCCCGACCUGCUCAACUUCAAGAAGGGAUGGAUGUCGAUCUUGGAUGAGCCUGGAGAGUGGAAGAAGCACUGGUUCGUGCUGACAGAUUCAAGCCUCAAGUAUUACAGAGACUCCACAGCGGAAGAGGCAGAUGAGCUGGACGGUGAGAUCGACCUGCGCUCCUGCACGGACGUCACCGAGUACGCGGUGCAGCGCAACUAUGGCUUCCAGAUCCACACCAAGGAUGCUGUCUAUACCUUGUCGGCCAUGACCUCAGGUAUCCGGCGGAACUGGAUCGAGGCUCUGAGGAAGACUGUGCGUCCAACUUCAGCGCCAGAUGUCACCAAGCUCUCGGAGUGCAAUAAAGAGAACACGCUGCACGGCUAUGGCUCCCAGAAGGGCUCCCUGAAGGCUGGGGAGCAGCGGGCCGGCUCUGAGGCCAUCGGCCGGGCCGGCCCCCGGAAGGCGGAUGGGCCUCGGCAGGCCCUGGAUUAUGUGGAGCUGUCCCCGUUGACUCAGGGCUCCCCGCAGCGGGCCCGCGCUCCCGACCGACCGGCCAAGCAGGAGGAGCUGGAGCGGGACCUGGCCCAGCGCUCCGAGGAGCGCCGCAAGUGGUUUGAGGACAGCCGGGCCCCCGAGGUGCCCGCCGGCGAGGGGCCGCGCAGGAGCCUGGGCGCCCCGCUGACGGAGGAGCAGCAGAGCAGGCUCAGCGAGGAGAUCGAGAAGAAGUGGCAGGAGCUGGAGAAGCUGCCCCUGCGGGACAACAAGCGGGUGCCGCUCACCGCCCUGCUCAACCAGAGCCGGGGCGAGCGCCGCGGGCCCCCGAGCGACAGCCACGAGGCCCUGGAGAAGGAGGUCCAGUCUCUUCGAGCCCAGCUGGAGGCGUGGCGCCUCCGAGGGGAGACCCCUCAGAAUGCACGCAAGUCCCAGGAGGAUGGCCACGUCCCCCCAGGCUACAUCUCCCAGGAGGCCUGCGAGCGCAGCCUGGCGGAGAUGGAGUCCUCGCACCAGCACGUGAUGGAGCAGCUGCAGCGGCACCACGACCGCGAGCUGCAGCGGCUGCAGCAGGAGAAGGAGUGGCUGCUGGCCGAGGAGACGGCGGCCACGGCCUCAGCCAUCGAAGCCAUGAAGAAGGCCUACCAGGAGGAGCUGAGCCGCGAGCUAAGCAAGACGCGCAGCCUGCAGCAGGGUCCAGACGGCCUCCGGAAGCAGCACCAGUCGGACGUGGAGGCUCUGAAGCGGGAGCUGCAGGUGCUGUCGGAGCGCUACUCGCAGAAGUGCCUGGAGAUCGGGGCGCUGACGCGGCAGGCUGAGGAGCGCGAGGACACCCUGCGCCGCUGCCAGCAGGAGGGCCAGGAGCUGCUGCGCCACAACCAGGAGCUGCACACCCGCCUGUCGGAGGAGAUCGACCGGCUGCGCAGCUUCAUCGCCUCGCAGGGCACCGGCAACAGCUGCGGGCGCCCCGAGCGGAGCUCCUGUGAGCUGGAGGUGCUGCUGCGCGUGAAGGAGAAUGAGCUCCAGUACCUGAAGAAGGAGGUGCAGUGUCUGCGCGAUGAGCUCCAGGGGAUGCAGAAGGACAAGCGCUUCACCUCGGGAAAGUACCAGGACGUGUACGUGGAGCUGAACCACAUCAAGACGCGGUCAGAGCGGGAGAUCGAGCAGCUGAAGGAGCACCUGCGCCUGGCCAUGGCCGCCCUGCAGGAGAAGGAGUCCACGCGCAACAGCCUGGCGCAGUAGAGUCCUCAUGGUCCAGUCCAGCUGCAGACCCUCCAGCCCAAGGGACCAAUAGCCCUCUUUCCCUGAUGGAUGGAGUCAGAAGCCAAGCUUUCUCGCCACCCUGUGGGCCGCGCAUGCACGUGUACCAACACACACACACACACACACACACACACACACACCCCACGUGCACACUCUGCGGGUCUGAGCGCGCCCUGCACUGGGUCUUACCUGGCACCUUCUUCAGGAUUUUAUAUGUGAAGAGAUUUUUAUAUAGAUUUUUUCUUGCAGAACACUUUAUACUUUUUAAAAAGCAAUUCCUGGUGGUGUGUGCCCCAGCACUGAGUCCCCUGUCUCUAGUCCCCUGCUGGGGCGUCAGCUGUGGCCCUGCCCGGGGUCACAGAGGAGGCCCAGGCAGCAGCCAGGCAGGUGGCCCUGGUGAGGAGAGGCCACGAGCCAGCACCCUCCUCCUGCCUACCUCCCACUAACGACUUCCUGCCCUGGGUGGACCCACACCCUGGGACUCUGGACAGAGGGACCGAGGAAGCCAGCAGCUGCCCCACGGCCCACCUCCUCCUCCAAGGGGUGCUGGGCAUGGAAACGCUGGCGCCACCCAUGAGGGCGCUUCUCUCCUGCUCUGUGAACCUCCUUAACUUAAUAAAACGUUCCAGCAACUCCGGUUCCCUGGGUGGCCAGGCAGCGGGGAAUGGAGA